ACCGAGUCCGUCGCCCGUCUGCUCGCAAAACGUAACGUCCCGCAACAGACAACAAGCAAAUUAUCGUUGCGGUCUACAGAGGUGUAAACACGCAUACAUCAAAUAAUUCCACCACGAGUAUCAGGAGCCGUAGCAUAUACCCAAUCCCCACGAACCGAUCCUCCACCGACAAAAUGAUCCGCCACGACUACUCACGAGUCGACCCCAAACGGCGAGCCAACAUCGACUACAAGAAGCGCCAAUUCGCAAAGGCCGAGUUCCAGCAGCAGACCUACGAGCACCGGCUCAAUUACUACGGGAUCCCUCCCACCGCAGAGAUCACCCUCGAUGAAUUCGAGACGUGGGCGAUCGACCGGCUCAAAGUCCUCUCCGAACUCGAAGCAUGCAGUUUCCGCAACCGCAACCCGGAAGAGACGGCCGAACACAUGACGGGCAUCCUGGCGAAAUACCUCCCGCUCCGCUCCAACUCGUCGCGGAGCCAGAACCUGCAGGACGAGCGGAGGAAAGAUCAUUACUCGCACUUCAUACUGCGUCUCGCGUUCUCGUCGACCGAGGACCUUCGGCGGCGGUUUGCGAGGCUGGAGACAAUGCUGUUUAGGUUGAGAUUCAGGAAUGACGAUUUGGAUGAGAGGAAGAGAUUUGUGGAGGGAUUGAAGCUGGAUUGGGAGGAGGUAACGGAGGAGGAAAAGAGGGAGUUUAAGGAGGAGAUGGCGGCUGCGAGCGGGGCGAGGAAGGGGGAGGUGCAGGAGUGGUUUAAGGUUGAUUGGGAGAGGGUGCCGGAGCUGGUGGAGCAGAGGAGGGUGUUGUUGAAGAGGGGGAUGGCGUUCGUGCCGCAGAGGGAGCAGAUGAGUUUGGUGGUUGCGGAGUUCACGCGGAGGUUGGAUGAUGCGCUUGAGUUGACUGCUCGCGCGCUCCCACGACUCGAUGAAGACGACCGCCUCGCUCCCAUACUCGCCCACCUCUCACAAUCAUUCGCAACCCCAGACGCCGCAUACUCAUCCUCCGACGCCAACAUCGACGGCCUCUCCGCCCCAACCGCCGCAUCCAUCGACACACUCUCCCAACACUUCCCCCUCUGCAUGCAGAACCUCCACCAAGCCCUCCGCCGGGACUCCCACCUCAAGCACUACGGCCGCCUUCAAUACUCCCUCUUCCUCAAAGGCAUCGGCCUCAGCCUCGAAGAGUGCCUCCUCUUCUGGCGCCGCUCCUUCAAACUCAUCACGGACGAGAAGUUUACCAAAGAAUACAAAUACAACAUCCGCCACGUCUACGGCGACGUCGGCGGCGACGCCAAUCGUCGCGGCCGAGGCUACACCCCCUACUCCUGCCAGAAAAUCCUCACCGAGCCGCUCCCCGGGCCCGGACAGAGCCACGGGUGUCCUUACAGAACCUUCGCGCCAGACAAUCUGCUCGCGAUGCUGCAGAACACGGGCGUCAAUGACCGCGAUUUGCUCAAGACGGUUAGGGAGGACGUCGGGAAGCAGAGGUACCACGUAGCGUGUAACCGCGUGUUCGACUGGGCUCACAAGAAGGAGAUCAAGAAGGUCAAGGACGAUGGGUCGUGGAGUGCGGCGGACUUGGAUACGAUUGUGCAUCCGAAUACGUAUUUUAAGCGUGGGUGGCUGUUGAAGCAUCUGGGAGAUGGGAAUGCGGGUUUGGUUGGGGGUGGGGAUAAGAUGGAGGAGUAAUGAGCAAAAGACGACGAAUACAUUUCUCAGGGGUCACUUCUUUUAUCAUUGUUUCUUUUGCUCAUUUCAUCCACGGAGUUGGUAUAGGGUUGGGUACAUGUGAAGUGGAAUAGCAGCGUGCACGCACGGCAUCUUGGAUUUCAGGAAGUCCCCAGCAGCAUUUCGUGGGGUUGGUUGGUUGGUUUUUCUUUUUGGCGUUUCUCACGAUCAUGUCUGGUUGAGGUCUUGUAUGGGGACGUGUUCACCUUUUCUUACAAAGAGUAGUUAAUCCAGGGGCUUUCUUCGUCGUUGGGAAAUAUACUCAAGUCGGACCCUUCAACUUUUAACUUUGACAUUCCUAUUUCGCUGGU